GCUACGACUCGGACGAGUUGGAUGUGCCCCAGUGGCUGAACGACCAUUUCUUCAGAGAGAUCUUGGCUGAGCAUUUCAAGAUACCUGAAUUGAAAGUCGUCGAUGUAAAUUUCUUGCCAGCCUGUGCCAAGGGAGAUCAUUGCUUGAGUGCGAUGUUUCGCGCCGUCGUUGAAUAUGAAACAACAAAGAAUAAUAAUGCAUCAAGGAUAUCCCUGAUAAUCAAGACAAUGCCCGAACAGGAGGGUCCGGCGAAAGAGCUAUUAGACGAAUCGCACAUCUUUAAGACGGAGAUUGAAGUAUACACCAAGGUUCUGCCCAAGCUCGAGGAAAUAUUGCGAGAGGUGGGUGAUGAUACCACAUUUGGUGCUUCCUGUAUCUAUCAUAGCUUGAAGCCGCAUCAAGUUAUGGUGUUUGAGGAUCUGUUACCACUGGGCUACGCCAUCGUUCGAAGAUUUGCCAAUGCAGAGGAGCUCCAAGCAGCGCUAACAAAGCUGGCCAAGUGGCACGCAGUUAGCUUCAAGUUGCUUAAGGAACAAACUAAGCUGUUCGAUCAUCUGCAGUAUGACAUUAGCACACUCCCGAACAUUUUAAAGCAAGCGCACAUUACGCAAGCCUUGGGUCACUUUUUAAAUAUGCUUGACAAUGUGGAGAGCUUGAAACCUUAUCGAAAAUACUUUGAGCAAAUGCACAAGAAAGGAAACCUCAUCCAGAACUGGGUGAACAUUCUACGCGAAUACCGCGACAAUCGCCAAGAAAACGGUUACUAUGUGCUCUGCCAUGGAGAUUUUCAUCUGCGUAAUAUAAUGUUCAGAGGCGUCGAGUGUUUGCUAAUUGAUUUCCAGAUGACCCACGUGGGACAUAUGACCAACGACAUAAUAUACGCUAUGUAUGCGCUGUUCGAUGUGGAGAUACGUAGAGAGAGAUCGGAUGAAUUGAUUAACAACUAUUUCCAAACGUUCUUGAAUACCCUAAAGCAGAUCGGCUACCAGUACAGGCUACCCAACUUGAUUGAGUUUCGGCGACAAAUGUUUGAAAAAAGAGAUCAUGAAAGUGCUAAAGGUAUCGCAGACAUAUUCUCUCAAAUGGAUGUUACAUUGGAGAAGAAACUGCAAGGAUUUCAACUGGUAGCGCAGGAAAAGUUGCAGGCUAUAUUAUGUUCCAUACCGGGCAAGAAAGAGCUCAUCUUAGAGCCAGAACUGAUCAAGCCGCUGGAGCACGUAUGCACCGCUUCCUGGCUGAAGUUGAAGGGAAUCCAACGCAUUUACAAGCACGAUGCGAAACAACGUCUGCCCCGCGACGACGACCAGGUGCACAUUUAUAUGAUUCGUAGUCUACUGGGCACCUACCAAACGCUGCUCCGGCAACUGCAGCCACUGGCGAUGCAGAUAUCUAGUGAGUCACCGGACUUGGAAUUGCGUGCAUAUCACAUAAUUUGCGUGCCCAGCUGCUAUGGUUAUUUCCAUGCGCUGCUCGAGCAGGCGGGAUUGUGUGGUCUGGUGCAGCUGCAUCAUUACAAUUGGGAUUUUAUAUAUUUGGACCAAGGCGUGCUUAGCCUAGAGCUACCGAAUCUCUACGAGUGCCUGUAUCUGCAAGGCAACAGUUCUGCGUUGCCCGCGAUGGCGCAAAGCUUGCGUCUGUUGCAAAUGAUUUGCGGUCAACCUGCUGUGACGCUCACAUUUGGCAAUCACUCGGCGCAACUAAUGCAUUUGCUGCAGGCGCUGGGCACAGUUCCUCAGCCUCCCAACCCACCAGAUUUUGGCGCCUGGCUAAUAAUGGACAGAGAUAAGGACUACGUAUCGACAUUGCUAACGCCUGCCAUUUAUGCUGGCCUGCUUUUGGAGGUGUUCCAGCUGCGCGCCGGCGAAAUUGUCGUCGACAAUGCCAACAACAAAAUACGCACCCAAAAAUUGCACCUGCUCCAGGGAAAAACUGAAUAUGCCACCAAUCAAGGCAAGCCCAGUUGCAUCCGUCUCAACUCCGCCUGUGAUGAGAUCUACGGCGACAAUCGAUACAAACAUUUUGCGCAAGCUAGCAGCCUGGUGCGCGCCCAAGUGAAGGCAUUGGGGCUAGAGUUGCAGAAGCUCAACGACAUGCAGCUGGAGGAAAUGCACGACUAUGUGGCACGUAAACUGCCCAAGCUAACGGAGCUGAAGGCCAAAGUAUUGCGUCAUCUGAACGCCUCUGAGAUAGUCAUACAAAUGCUGGGCAAUUUCCGCCGGCUUCAAACGCUUGAAGAGGACAUCCUCAAUAAUGUGUCACGCAAACGUUUGCUCACCGAGAUCGACGAAUUGCUGACAACGGACGGACAGCGUUUCAACACAUUGCGCUUGCUCUGCCUGCUGCAUUUAUGCGCAGGCGUUGCGCCCGAGGAACUGCAAAGCUUUGCUCGGAAUUAUUGCAACAUGUUUGGCCAUCGAGAGCUGUGCGUGUUCCAGCAGCUGGCACAGGCUGGCCUGUUGCCGGUACUUCAGCCAGAACGCAAGACAUCUGCCAAACUGUUGUCCAAUUUGCCACUGCCCAAGUUUCAACAAACCGAAUUUCAAGCCAAUGCCAACCGCCUGAAACUGUUGACCUCUUGUGCGGACUCGGAGCAGCCGGCAGCGGCUGGCAGUGCCAGUGGUCAUCCAGCUAUCAAGUCCUGUCCCAGCUUUGUAUUCAAUGGAAUGUACAUACCGCUCGCAGCACAGCUCUGCUCCAUGCUCCUCAAUGCUACCAGCAGUGAGCAGUUGGCCACAAAGCUGGCCAUGAUCGAAGGUCUACAGGUGCACGUGGGCGCACAAGCUAGCACUCCCAAGGCCUAUGCGGCACAUUUAAAAACAGCAUCAACCGAAAAUGCAGAUGUCUUUCCUCUGCGCCUGCGCAACUUAUUUGUCUUUGUGGUAGGAGGCGCCAAUUAUGCGGAAAUUGCAGCCUGUGAUUUUGUGAGCAAACUAACUGGCGCCCAAAUAACUGUUGCCUCGGAUACACUACUAGCGGGAAGCGAUCUUAUCGCUGCUGCAUUCAAUCACUGAAUCUACAACAAUCAAAGUUUA